CCCACAAUUCCUCACUCGGCCUCACUAUUUUAUUUCUUGAUACCUGUUCUUCCCUAAUCCAUCUUCACCUGUAGCCGCAACAUGGAUGUCGAUGACUUGGUAUACGCUGCGCGUGUAGCCGACCUGGAGUUCCUUGACGAAGUCAUUGAGAAGCUGCCGUCGUAUCUGGGAAAAGCAGAUGAAAACGGUAACACGGCCUUACACAUGGCAUGUGCCAAUGGUCAUACAGAGGUGGUUCAAAAGCUACUGCCUCACUUAAAACCCGAUGAAAUAAACUCCAAAAACAGCAGCGGAAACACUCCUCUGCAUUGGGCAGCCAUGAACGGACACGUCGAUGCAUGCAAGCUUCUGCUUGACAACGGCGGCGAUCCCCACGUAAAGAACAACUACGAUAAGACUUGUCUGUACGAAGCCGACAUUCGGAACAAGCAGAAGGUCAUGGAACUGUUCCUCGACUACGAGAUUGCGAAGGCCGAGGCAGACACGGAGAACGGAGCCAACGACGUAGAUAUGGCCAGCUAGUAGACGAAGAACAGAGGCAUAGGAAAAAAACAAGGUUAAAUCGGGUUUAGCAGGGUCAAACGAGGUUAAAAGCUGAAUCAAUUAAGGUCAGACAAGGUCAGGGCC